UCGAUCGAGGCCAGUUAUCUACCGUAGUCUGGGAUAUAGGUGGCAGCACAGGCUAAGCCGGUCCUGUAUCGGAACCCCUCUAUUGAUAGCCUCCGGACUUACCCAUCGUCAUACGCCAUUGUGACGACUGAACCGUGAGCGUAAAGUGUAAACAAAGUCACGAUAAUUAAUAUUAAAACAGAUUUAUUAUAGAGAAUAUAACCUAGGUGUGUGUGUGUGAGGGGGUUGGAGGGUGUAACCAUUAACCAAUGGUCUCCGAUCCCUCCCAUAUGGAUACAUAUGGAACGGCCCUUGGGAUAUUGUGGUAUUGGGGGGACUUUUAUUUACAUUUCAUGUUUUUAAUUUAUUUUGCAGUCUUGAAAACUACAAAAUGCGAUCAAGGGGGUUGGAUGAAGCUGAUAAAGGGCUCCUUGGUGACGACUUGACUGAACUGGAACAGUACUUACUUGAUAGUCAGGAACUCAUCAAAAUCCGAGGCAAGAAUGGAAAAAUGGUCCCCAUCCUUGUUCCUGAAGACGCACAGAAACCAAUGGAGUUUAUUACGUCGACAGCGGUCAGACGGGCAGUUGGUGUGAAAACCUGGAAUACAUUUGUAUUUGGAAACACGGGUGAGGGUGUGAUAAGGGCUUAUGAUUCCCUCAAAGAAAUGUGUGCAGAAUUGAAUCUUGGAGCUCCCGAGCGUAUCACAUCCGUGUCCAUGAGAAAAUACAUUGCUACAUUAAGCCAAGUGAUUGAUAUGAAAGAUCAUGAACUAGAGUGGCUAUGCAGUCAUUUAGGACAUACUUCCGAAAUCCACAAGUUGCACUAUCGCUCCACAAGUGGGUUUAUUGAAAGGGUGAACAUUGGGAAGCUCAUGGUCCUUCAGGACCUGAACAUCGCCGGACACUUCAAAGGACAACGACUACAGGAUAUCGACAUUGAAGACAUAUCAG